GCCCUUGACCCACUUCGAUGAUGUCUCCAGGUACCAGCGGAGCGCUGCUGGCAAGGUCUUUGCUGCGGAAGAGGUUCGCAGCCUUCAGGCAUGCACCCGUACCAUGAUCUUCCUCAUGACACAGGUUCUGUCGGCGGACGUUGCUCCUGACACGCCCUUUUCCGUGACUCCAUCGCUGGAACAGGUCUAUGCUUACCUUCGCGACCGGAGCAGAGCAGUGCGGCAAGACUUGCAUCUCCAACAGCCCCUGAGUGGACGCAGCCUGGAGUUCGUGGAGUGCCACGAGUACUGUCUCCGCUUCGAGAUGCUGGCACUCUUCCUCCUGUCUCACCGUCGCGAGCCUGGCAAAGGUCCAUCCCAGGGAGGCUACAGCAGACACUUAGGAUUGCAAGCGAUCUCGCAGACCAUCGACCCUUUGCUGGCUGCAUAUCAAGAGGUGCGGUGUUACCUGGGAGAUGUUGCAGAGCUUUGUAACGAACCUGCCAUUCAGAGAUUCGUGGUGCUACUUCUGUUGGCAACUUCCCCGGCCACGCUGCCUGCACAUCUUGCGGACCUAGGCAUCACGAUGUUGCAGCAUCCCUUGAUGGUGUCUGCUAUUGCUGCAUGUGCAGCGUUUCUUGCCGGUGACUACGUCGGCUUCCUCCGCUUCUACAAAGAAGCCGACUUUCUUUCUGCCGUGGCCCUGGCUGAGAUGGCUGAUCUGGCAAGGGUGCGGCAGCUAUGGAUGCUCACUCGGGCGUACCCGCGGUCGAUCGGGGAUGCAGUGAAACUAUCGGCGCUGGUGAGGCUACUCGCCUUCAAGGACGAGGCACAGGCCAGGGCAUUCCUUGUCUUCCACGGUUUGGUCGUGGAAGACGGCCUGAAUCCUCAGGAUGAUUGCCGGGUCUUCCUGCCCAAGAAAGGCUCAGUGGAGGAGGUGGGUCAUCCUUUGCUGGGCCAGUCGACGCUGCCCGAGUUCUGCAACUUUGACGGUCCGGAUGCUUUGCUGCUGGCGAAGUUCGCUAGCCACAGCAGGUCUGACAUUGUGCUGGGCCAUGCCGACCCAAGGGAGAGAUUUCAGCGCAUAACGACUCCCAAGUUCCUGGAGGCCGACCGGAAACCGCGGGACUGGAAGCAGGUGAAAGUCCCCGAGAUGGAUGAUUGGUUCAACACCGUCGGUGGGCUCCUGAGGAAGAAAGGGUACCGACCAGACCAAGAGGGCGAUCGCUUUGAGGUCCUCAACCGCAAAGGCGUCCCCUUCUCUUUGAAGGACCAACGCCUCGUGAGCCGAGAGGGGCGGCGCUGCCUGGUUUCGGCGGACUUCCCUCUGCUGGUGAACAUCAAGGAGUGGAAGAUCUCGGAGUUGCGUCGCAAAGUUCGGCUUUCUGGGACCGAAGAGAGGAAUAGUCAGGUUGCCAUCCAGAAGCAGAUCGAGCAACUCAAAAGGGGACGGCCCGGCAAACUCCUGGGUGCGCAGGAGCAAGAGAAGCUGAAGCAGCUUCGUGAAGCAGAGGAUCGUCUUCAGGUGCAGCGGCAGCAGGUGCAAGCUGAGGCGGAGCUCCACUUGAAGAGCCGGGCGUCGGUGCUGCUCCAGGCCGUGAUUCGUGGGAAGUUCGUGCGCCUGCAGCUGCGACGGCGGCACCGGGCGGCGCGGACGCUGCAGCGCGGCUGGCGAGGCUACUUGGCCCGUCUCCGUGUUCUCCAGAUGCGAGAGCUGGCCAAGCAGAGGGUGAAGCAGAUCAAGCAUGUUCGCAAUGCGGAGUCCUUGUUCGAGGCCGUCCACGAUCGCCAGGAGGCUGUGGCCAUCCGUGUGGUCCGCGACAAGGAUUUUAAUCCGUUUGGAUUCCGCCAUCGAGUCUCGCAGCAGUCUCUUCUGCAUGCGGCUGCCCAGGAGGGCCUGGACGCACUCUGCGCCGAGUUGGUAAAGUCCUCCAAACUCCGAGGCAUCCCCGACUUUGCAGCGGCAAAGGACUGGCGUGGGUGGACGGCUCUGCACGUCGCGGCACAAAAUGGAGAGGCAGAAUGCCUCAAAGAGCUCCUCCAAUGCGAGGAUCUAUUGGCACUUCCAGGCUGCUUGGGCCGGAAUGGGCAGACAGCGCUGCAUGUUGCGGCACUUCACGGUGAGACAGAGGCGGUGAAGGUCCUCCUCUCCACGCAAAGCUUCGAGGAGGAGGUGGAUCGCAGAGACAGGUGGGGUCGCACAGCGCUGCACUGUGCCGUCGAGAGGGGUCAUGCGAAGGCCGCCGUGGCCAUUGCC